AUGACUUCCAACAAUGGAUGGCGCGCUGGGGAAUUCGGCGUCAGGCCUGUACGAGUGGCUAACUGUUCCGGAUACCACGGCGAUCCGGCCAUUGAGAUGUACAAGCAGGCUACCUUGGGCGAUGUCGACUUUAUCACUGGUGACUACCUCGCUGAAGUCAACAUGGCCAAUAAUGCGGAGGCAUACGCGAAAGGGCAACACCCAGGCUACGAAGGCACUGCGUUGAAAGGCCUUGAACUUUCAAUUGAUGCCAUCGCAGAGAAGCGGAUCAAAGUUGCCAUCAAUGGUGGAGCACUCAAUCCUGAAGGUCUCGCUGUGAAAGUGGCAGCAUUAGUUGCCGAGAAAGGUUAUGAUCUGAGGGUAGCAUAUGUUUCUGGUGAUAACGUGCUCCCUAAGCUCAGCAAACACAUGCCGCAAGACAAAAAUAACGCGUUGCCUCAUCUCGAUUCUCUGAAUGAUCACGUUACUCUCACUACUGAGACUUACAUAUUCGCCAAGAAUGACGAGGAACCUCGAGAAAUAGUGUCUGCUAAUGCUUAUCUCGGGGCACACGCCAUUUAUGAAGCAUUUCAACACGGUGCCGACAUCAUCAUAUGCGGCCGAGCUUCUGAUGCCAGCCCCGUCAUCGCCUGCGCCUGGUACUGGUGGUCUUGGAACAGCACCAACUAUGAUGAACUUGCCGGUGCCUUAGUAGCAGGGCACUUGAUUGAGUGUUCAGCCUAUGUCACGGGCGGUAACUUUGCAGGCUUCGACGCUUUCGAUAUUGAGAACUUUGUUGACCCCGGUUUCCCGAUUGCUGAGAUUGCACAGGAUGGCUCUUGUGUCAUCACGAAGCAUGGGGGUACAGGCGGUAUGGUCACUGUUGACACGUGCAAGUCUCAACUCGUGUAUGAGUUGCAAGGUAACGCGUACAUCAACAGUGAUGUGAAGGCCUACCUGGACGAUAUUGAGAUGGAGCAGAUUGGUGAAGAUAGGGUUCGCGUUCACGGAGUUCGUGGUGCGCCACCGCCAGAUACCACUAAACUCGCAGUCUUCUACAACGGAGGCUACGAAAUGCAGGCCUUGUUCAAUGCGACGGGCCACAGCUUUGAGCAAAAGUUUGCCCUUCUCGAAAAGCAAGUUCGUUUCCAUCUUGGCGAAGAGAAACUCAGUCAUCUGGACUUUCUCGAGUUUCAGAGAAUUGGCGUCCCAGCUGUGAACCCUACCAACCAAAACAGCGGUACUGUGUAUCUCCGCAUUUUCGCUCAGUCAACCAAGGCAGAAGCUCUUCAGGCAAUUAUGAUGGCUAUUGGGAAUAUCUCAUUGAAGCAUUACUCGGGGUUCCACAGCUCCUUGGACUUCCGUUCUGCUAUGCCUCGUCCAUAUUUAGCAUACUACCCAGCUCUAUGGCAACAAUCCGCACUCGAAGAAAAGUUCCAUUUUGUCAAUGCAACCGGUACAACGGAAUCUUUCAAAACCACACCUCCUCCUAAGUUUGAGGGGCUGGAAAAAAGAGCAUCUUACGACACUACAUCACCUAUGCCUCUCGAUGGUGGACUCCUCGAAGUGCGCUUGGGUAGUAUCGCCCUCGGCCGCUCUGGAGACAAGGGCGCCAAUUUGAACUUUGGCCUAUUCGUUGACACGCAGGCCAAGUGGGACUGGCUGCGCUCAUACAUGUCUCGAGCCAAGGUACAAGAGCUUCUAGGAGAAGACUGGCAGCCAGAGUUCUCUAUUGAGCGUGUUGAGUUUCCCAAGAUCUUUGCUGUCCAUUUUGUAGUAUAUGGUAUUCUUGGUCGUGGAGUCAGUAGCUCAAAGCGUUUAGAUGGGUUUGGAAAGGGUUUUAUCGACUAUUUUAGAGACAAGGUUGUUGAAGCACCUGUCUCUAUCUUGCAGCGCAGCCAUAUCUAG